AUGGCCCGGGUGAAACAAGACUACGUGGUUGUCGAUCCCAAGGGGAAGCACACAACGCUUACAAUUGAGAAUGUGGGGCUAAUACCAAUCAUGGCUCGGGUGCGGUCUGUGAAUGUCACCGCAUACUCAAUUAACCCGACCUAUUACCUGAUCCAUCCCAACGGAUCACAGGACGUCAACAUAGAGAUUCAUAUACCACGCCAUAUUGAUCCCCUACACGACGCGUUCAAGGUUGCCACAUUGACGCUGCCUCAGAAGUUUCUAGAGAGAGUUAAAACAGAGGUAGAGACCAGAAAAAGCCCCAGCGACACCGUGUGCAGGACCCUUUGGGAAGAAGUUGUUGCAACAUACAAUCCUAUUACAAAGGAUAUCAUCGUUCCUACACGGAGCGUAGGGGUAUUAGGGACGUAUCAAGCAAAGCUGGCGCAGGACACAGAUGACCUAAAUAUCCUCAAGGAGGAAAUAGAGCGUCUGAUAGCCAUGCGGAAAAAGAACGAGAAGCUGCUGCAAGACAUGGAGACAAAGGGAAUCGUCAUCCAAUCAAGGAAAAACAAUCUCACGGAGAGACUAAAAUAUCUGCAGGCUCAGCUGGAUUCUCUAGGUGUUUCGCGCGUAAUGGGACAGAUGAACAAGUCCAAGCGUAUACUGGCCCACUACUUAUUUAUAAUUUUCUUACUCCUGGCGUCUACCCUUGGGGGGUACGCCCUCUUGUAA